AAGAGCGCAUUUUGGUUCAUACAAAAUAGAUCUAUUCCAUGAGUACUUUCUGUUUAUUUUUCUAGGAAUGGAUCAAGAUUAGAUCUAGAUUUUGAUCUAUAUCUAGUAUAAUCUAGCACAAGAUCGAGAUCCUUAGAUGUCGAUCUAUCAUUAAUUUAGACCAUCAACAAAAGCAUUUUAUUUGAUAGAUACUUAGAUAGAUUAAGAUUUACAAGUUCAGAAAAUGUUUUCACCGAGAACUCCCAUGGCAGCAGCUCCAUCUCCAUUUUACUCACCGAGCAGUUCAAGAUUAUCAAGACGAAACCCAAAGCCUAAAAAUCAAUCAACUCUGUCCAUCCAAUCUUUCCAUGGAACACAGAUUCUGGAUGAAACAUCAUUGCAUAAAAUAGAACCAUAUGGACUUCCUUUACCAGUUCUUAUCACAGAGGCACUGACUCUUUCUGAUCGAAGCACAACAGAAAUAACAGCUCGCAUAGAUCCUUCGGGCUGGGCAUGGCUUGUUGGAGCACGCAAACUGUUUGUCUGGAGAUAUAGGCCUUUUAAUAACUCUAAGAAUGUCCAGUGCAAAGAGUUGACAUUACCCCCAAGUGAUCUAGCUCACAGUGCUGACAGAGUCUGUAUUAUACCCAAUGAGAACCAGCCGGCUGCUUGUGUGGCUGUGUCCCCUGAAGGAGUUGUCAGAUACUGGCCUAACAUAGCCUUUGAAUCCAACAUAGCAGAGAUCAGUGCUGAACUUAGGGGAGAGGAAUGUGCUAGAGUUAUCAAUUUUCAACCUCAUGGAUGUUUACUGGCCACGACUACAAGUUCUCUCUGGCUCUUGGUACCUGCAGCUGGACAAGCUAGUCUUCAAUGUAAACCAUUGAAAGCCUCUCAAGGUUUGUUCUCUGGUAUCAGCAGACGAAUGUCCUCUUUUAUAUUUGGAUCAUCACAAAUACAGACCAAUGGAAUACCUCUUCAGGCCAUUUUGGCUGCACCUUAUGUAGAUGAUGAAGAUGACAAUGCUGAAGAAAUAAGAGCCUUCUAUGUUCUGUCUGGAAACAGCUUGUGUAAAUGGCAAAUACCAGGCAUUGGUUGUGAAAAGCUACUUUAUCAACUAGAUGCUGAAAGAAUGUUUAGAGAUGCUUUAGCCAAGAAACUUUGGGGCCAAGAUGCCAUUCACCUGACCCAGCUUAAAACCUGGCUGAUAGAUCUACAGUUGACAAGAGAUGGCAUUGUCAUGCUAGCUGCUGGGGUUAACAUGGAGGCUGAUCAGAAAGUAUACUAUGCUUUAGCAUUUCUGGACACUUCUGACGAAGCUCGGUCUUUAAAUAUUAACAACCUUGUGGUGUUGGACUACACACAAAAAUAUUCGGAGGAAAUGGAAGACCAGAUAUCAUCCUACAAGUUACUUUUUGUAUCCACUGAGAAAGCCAAUACUGCAUUUAUCUUCAACUCUAGCACUAUUCUGAUGCUCAGUAGUAACUUAGCAUUGGACAAAAUGGAUCUGAAGACAACUGGAGAUGUUUUAUUGGGAGCAGGAUGUGUUAACAGUGUUGCAGUGUUCUUUUCCAAUGCUUAUGGAUUCUUCAGUGUUUCACCACCAAAGAUAGAGUCAAGUAUUCUUGAUGAAUCAACUAGCAACUUGAGUUUAGCUUCAAGAACAGAGUUUACCACAUUUAUGAUGGCUGGCAGUAAGGUGAAUGAGUUAAUAGAAAGUAAUGACAACAAGCUGAAACUGAAAGGAGCAUUCAUAGCCUCACUUAGUAAUGACCAGGAUCAGAUAGAAGCCACUGUUUCAGAAAUUUUAGAGACUACUCAUCCAAAGUCUGGUAUUCAAACAUCAGAGCUGGACACCAUAGUUGCAGGAGUAAGUCAAGACUUGAUAGAUGACUAUCCCAAUGCUGACCCUCGUUGGGCUGAAUCAGAUAAGCAAGACAGUACAGGCAGCACAGCUUCUGUCAUCUUGAUACAGCAGUUGAAAGAUAAACAGAAGGCACAUGACUUGUUUGUUGCAUUCCUCAAAAGAUUUGGCUUAUGGAAUCAAAUGAACUUGGUUGGUGUCAGAAACUCUGUCAUGCCAACACGGCUCCUACUCUGUGAACAUGUGGAGAAACUGGAAGCUGCCAUAGCCUUGAGGGAAGCACAUUCCAAGUACUGCAAAAUUUUAGACUUGUGCAUUCAGAAAGCUGUCCAAUUGAGACAGGUAGCAAUACCAUCAACAUUAACUGCACAGGAUCUGUUUUACAGGGAGGUUUCCAGUAUUCAUGAGAUAGCCCAACAACUGAUCAAAUAUGAAAGUGAAUUUGUAUCAUCAGAUCAUCCGAGUCCAAAUGUUGUCAAUACAAUUUUAGCAGUCAAUGCUCUACUUGAGGGGAUGUUGUAUUGUGCCUUGAAGUAUAGACAAGAUCACUGUGACAUGUAUGCAGGAAACACUACAGACUUGCCAGAAUUUAUACCUUGGACAGCCACCCCAGCCAUGAGAAAGAUCAUCAAAGACCAGAUUGGUCUGAUACUUGAAAAGGGUCUUCCAGAAGCUCGUGAGGUAGAUGUGCAGGGAACCAUGUAUCAGAACAUUGUUGGCCUUGCAGAUAUUUUCUUGGAUGGCUAUGCCAGUCAACUCAAAUCCCUGGAGCUGCAAGAAAACAAAACUGAAGAAUAUUCUCAGCUUGAGCGUGAAUUUGACAGAGAGAGGCAAAAACUUAUUUUACCUUUGUUAGAACAUAAACAGUUUGACAGAGCUGCAUCACUGGCUGAGAAGUUUGCAGAUUUUGAGAUUCUGGUCAGGAUAUGUGACAUGACAGACAACCAGGACAGACUUCAGAGAUAUAGAAGUCAAUUUGCUGAGAAGGGCUUUUCUCAAUUUUUAUACAACUGGUAUCUGAAGGAAGGUAAACGAGGUCACUUGUUGUCUAAAUCUCUGGCUGAUGGGGAUGAGCUGAGUGCAUUUUUAAAUUCUGACAAUGUCCAAUACCUCAGUUGGUUACAUGAGAUCAGAAGAGGCAAUUUUGAAGCAGCGCAUAGUUCACUUGCUGCUUUGGCCAAGGUGGAGAAAAAUUUUCUAGCCAAGAAAAAAACAUUAUUAAGUUUAAGUAAAUUGGCAGCACUUGCAUCAGAGGAUGAGGAUAAUUUGCAAGAAAAUAUAGAAGCUAUUGACGAAGAACUAGCACUAGUGCUCCACCAAGAAGUAGUUCCACCAGAAGUUUUUCAUAAUCUUGGAAUGGACCCAGACAACAUGAGAGUGAUGUCCCCUGAAGAACUUAUUCAGUUGUAUGUAAGUGAACAUAACAGCAAUGCCAGUGAACUAGAUGUGAAGAAAGCCUUGGAUCUACUUCAUCAUGUAGAUCAGAAUGAUGAAAGUUAUGAACAACUGAAAUCUCACAUUUGGUGUCGAGCAAUUUUAAUGGACAGUUGGGAUGAAACAGAUGUCACAGAUCCAAUAGAGGUCAACAAAGACAAAAUCUUCUUCAGAACUCUAGACUUGGUUUACUUGGAUGGUGAACUUGACCUGUUUAAACCUGACCUUGAGACACUCUUGUCAUCCAGUGAGUUAGCUCAUCUCAAGAGACAGCCCAACUUUGUUUUUUUGAUGAGAGCUGGAUAUGAACACAUAGAGAAUGCUCUACAGUGACAAGUUUGACAUUGGUUCAUAAUGGUUCUAAAAUCUUGUUAGGUGGAUAUCAACUUGUACAGUUUUUUUUUUAAAUAAAUGUUUUAAAAUCAA